AUGACCAAGUCCUUCUCCAUGGAUCUGAAGGAGAGCACCAGCGAGGGAAGCCUGGGCAGUCUCCAGCCCUCCAGCCUGCAGAUCUUCGCGAACACCUCAACCCUCCAUGGAAUCCGCCACAUCUUUGUCUAUGGACCCAUGACUAUCCGGCGGGCCCUGUGGGCUCUGGCCUUUGUGGCGUCCCUGGGCCUCCUCCUGGUGGAAAGUUCGGAGAGGGUUGUGUACUACUUCUCCUACCAGCAUGUCACCAAGGUGGAUGAGGUCGUGGCCAACAGCCUGGUUUUCCCAGCUGUCACCAUCUGCAACCUGAACGGGUUCCGCUUCUCCCGCCUCACCACCAAUGACUUGUACCACGCUGGUGAUCUCCUGGCCUUGCUGGAUGCCAACUUGCAAGUUCUCCAGCCCCAUCUCGCUGACCCAACAGUUCUGGCCAUCCUACAGGAAAAGUCUAACUUCCAGCAUCACCGAGCCAAGGUCUUCAGCAUGAGUGAGUUCCUGGGGCGCGUGGGCCACGACAUGAAGGAAAUGUUAUUGUACUGCAAGUUUCGGGGACAUGAGUGCAGCCACAAGAACUUCACAACUGUUUUUACGAAAUAUGGGAAGUGCUACAUGUUUAACUCAGGAGAAGAUGGGCAUCCUUUGCUGACCACUGUCAAGGGCGGGACAGGCAAUGGUCUGGAGAUCAUGUUGGACAUUCAGCAAGAUGAGUACUUGCCGAUAUGGGGAGAAACAGAUGAAACUACAUUUGAAGCAGGAGUCAAAGUCCAGAUCCACAGUCAGUCUGAGCCACCAUUCGUCCAAGAGCUCGGGUUCGGGGUGGCACCUGGAUUCCAGACUUUUGUAGCCACUCAAGAGCAAAGGCUGACGUACCUUCCACCUCCAUGGGGUGAGUGCCGCUCUUCAGACUUCGGCCUGGACUUCUUUCCCAUCUACAGCAUCACCGCCUGCAGGAUUGACUGCGAGACCCGCUAUGUGGUGGAAAACUGCAACUGCCGAAUGGUUCACAUGCCAGGAGAUGCUCCAUUCUGCACACCAGAGCAGUAUAAAGAAUGUGCAGAACCUGCACUAGGGCUUCUUGGUGAAAAAGACAGCAGUUACUGUGUGUGCCAAACACCAUGCAAUUUGACCCGCUACAACAAGGAACUCUCCAUGGUCAAGAUCCCCAGCAAAACUUCAGCCAAGUACCUCGAGAAGAAAUUCAACAAGUCAGAAAAAUACAUCUCGGAGAAUAUCCUCGUGUUGGACAUAUUUUUCGAAGCCCUCAACUACGAGACCAUUGAGCAGAAGAAAGCAUAUGAGGUGGCAGCUUUACUUGGUGAUAUUGGAGGUCAGAUGGGCCUUUUUAUUGGUGCUAGCAUCCUCACCAUUCUAGAAAUAUUUGACUAUAUCUACGAGCUGAUCAAGGAGAAAUUGUUAGAUCUUCUUGGCCAGGAGGAGGAGGAAGGAAGCCACGAUGAGAAUGUGAGCACAUGUGAUCCUUUGCCAAAUCACUCUGACCCCAUCAGCCACACUGUGACAGUCCCCCUGCAGACAACACUUGGCACGUUGGAAGAGAUUGCGUGUUGACAACGCCCUCCCCGGACACCAUGGAUUGCCAGAUGGCAGGAACUCUCUCUCCAGGAGCCAGGGAAUCGCGCGCAGGUUCGCCGCCCGGGGUGGGGGAACAGCUGAGGAAUUCGCUAUGCAUCCAACUCUUCUCUUUCUCUUUUUGCCAAAAUCCAGUGAGAGACACCUUGGACUAAAUUGCAUCACCUCUGUCCACGUGGAGUUGGGAGGAAGAGGAGGGUGUGGGGAGAAGUGGGGUUGUCUUCACCGGCAGAGGCCGUGUCUCAGUAUUUGAACUAUAUGAACCAGACAACCAAGGAGCCAUUUCCUAGACUGCCAACCAACUGUACAGAAGAAGCCUGCAUGCCAAUCCUUUUGAUGGCAAUAUCUCCCUCUUUUUUCUUUACAAGCCGCGUCUCUGUCCAAAAGCUGUUUGUUUUUUUCCACUACAAAGGAGGAGGCCACUGGCACAGAUGCCCCCUGAAUUCACCAUUACUUCAAUACACCACAGGACAAGUUAGAAUAAAGAGGGAGCCAGAAGCAAAGGUCAUGGACCACCAUUCCCUCUUUCUGUUGUCUAAAAUCUGUAACAGAGCUCAAGUCUUGCACGGGCUCAGCCAUUGGUAACUAAGGUGAGCGGAACCCAAUGAAUCAGCUUGCCUCAUCUACCACCAGGAGUAACACCCCCCCCCCCAACACACACUCACAAGCAUUUGCCCCAUUGGCACACAUUAAGUCACAGCUACUCUUGUGAUCAGGUCAGCGCAUAAUACAACAUGUGUGUUUCAGGACUUGGGAUGGGGGAGGCUGGGUUCAGUUGCCUUUCUGCUCUAACCUGCUUCCUCAUUCUUAACAGUGCUAUUAAAGGUGGUC